CCUCCAGUCAAAGAAAUCUGCCAUGAUGUCAAGGGCAAUACUCCCCAUGGUCUCCAUCAAUGUGGAGGUGGAAAGCAUUCUCCCCAUAGGGUCUUCCUCCCCCAUUGGGGUAUGUGACGCCACAGGUUACCGCACACAGUAUCUCUGUCGACGAUUGUCGACUUGGAGCCGUCCCUGUUUAAAAUCUGUCUGAUCCUAUCGUCCUGUACAUAAGUUUUCUUUCUCGGUCCAACCUCUUCCUAAUAUUAUACCAAUUUAAUUACUGCUCUACCCCAGAUAUUGUGCAUUGUGCUUCAGCGUAGUAUAGGAUUCUCAUCAUGGCGCCUCCCACCUAUGCGGGGAUGUCAGGGCGGAAACUGUCACUGACAGUCUCUACCAUUGCAACAAUGGGGUUUUUGCUUUUCGGAUAUGAUCAGGGUGUGAUGUCGGGCAUCAUCUCAGACCCGGCCUUUAAUGACAUGUUCACGGCAACCAAGGACGACAAUACAAUGCAGGCUACCGUAACUGCAGUCUAUGAAGUCGGUUGUCUCUUCGGUGCGAUCAUCGCUUUGCUAUUUGGUGAUCGGACGGGUCGACGGUGGAUGGUUAUCGCCGGUGCCACUAUUAUGAUUGUCGGUGUCGUUAUUCAGGUGUCUGCCAUGCCAGGCUCGCUUCCCCUUCUUCAAUUUAUCUUCGGUCGAGUUAUUACUGGCAUUGGGAAUGGAAUGAACACUUCAACAAUUCCCACAUACCAAGCCGAAUGCUCCAAGACUAGCAAUCGAGGACUUCUUAUUUGCAUCGAAGGUGGUAUUAUCGCCAUAGGUACGGCUAUUGCAUACUGGAUUGACUAUGGUGCACAUUACGGACCACAAGACCUGGUAUGGAGAUUUCCGAUCGCGUUCCAGGUCUUCUUCGGUAUCAUUAUCAUUGUCGGCAUGCUUUACCUGCCCGAGUCACCUCGCUAUCUCAUCGCCCACGACAAAGUCGCCGAAGGCGAGCGGGUCCUCGCCGCGCUAGCUGGCACAGAGAUUGAGGAUCGUCACACUCAAACGGAAAAGAAUCUGAUUCUUGAUUCCGUCCGAGCUUCGGGUGCCACGAAAGCCAAGUUCAGCGAUCUACUUACUGGUGGACCAUCUCAGCAUCUGCGCCGCAUGCUCGUGGGUUCGUCGUCGCAGAUGUUCCAGCAGAUUUCCGGUUGCAACGCUGUCAUCUAUUACCUCCCAGUUUUGCUUGAGCAAUCUAUUGGCCAAUCUCACAAUUUUGCGCUCUUGAUCGGCGGUAUCAACAUGAUCUGCUACGCUAUCUUUGCAACGUUCUCAUGGUUCUUCAUCGAAAAGAUUGGUCGCCGUAAAUUGUUCCUGGGAGGCAGCUACGGGCAGUGCGCAGCAAUGAUUAUUGUAUUCGCCUGUCUUAUUCCUGGCGAUAAAGAAAGUGCAAAGGGUGCCGUCUUCGGCUUCUUCCUCUAUAUGUGCUUCUUUGGAGCCACUUGGCUGCCCUUGCCAUGGCUCUAUCCUGCUGAACUCUCUCCCAUCAAGACCAGGGCCAAAGCCAACGCCAUCUCCACCUGCAAUAACUGGCUGUUCAACUUCACCGUGGUUAUGAUCACCCCUGUCAUGGUGGAACAUAUCGGCUGGGGCACAUACUUGUUCUUCGCUGCAUGGAACGCGGUCUUCAUUCCAAUCAUCUGGUUUUUCUAUCCAGAAACUGCAGGUCGUAGUCUGGAAGAAAUCGACCUGAUCUUUGCCAAGGGAUACGUGGAGAAGAUGAGCUAUGUGCGUGCUGCGAAAGAACUUCCCAAGCUCUCCGACGAUGAAAUCGAGGCCAAGGCAGCCGAGUACGGUAUCCUCAACAACAACGAGAAAGUCGAGGAACGAAUCGCCGAACAUGCCCCCCAGGACUCUCAGGAAUACUCGUCCUACCUGCCGAGUCAGCUAUAAGGGAUUACCCGGUGUUGAAACUCAUCAACUCACUGUUCUAUACUGAAUAGAACCUCAAAACUAGAAAAGAAACAUAUAUUGCGAAGGCGUUUUGGACUGCCUAUACUUGCUUUUACCGGAUACCCAUGAUAUCAGGGGAUGUUUUCAUGCGAUGGAUAUGUUGCAUGGCUGUACAUAUGUACAUUUGAAUAAUUAUAUCGUUUAUGUUUAUAGCUACGAUGACAUUUAUGUCGCUUACGGGCCCAAUGAAUUGAACUGUUGUUAUGAUUAAACAAGACAUCUCUAGCUUUGGCAGCCAUACAUCACCUAUUCUAAACCAAGGCAGAACGAUAACAAUAAAAAGCAACAAAGAUAUGUGCUAAGACUGAAGACGUAACCUAAAUCCCUCCCCUCCUUCG